GGUUUAUGUUAUAUAGAGAUAGGUUUCUGAAAUGAAGUAUUUAACUCGUGUACGCAGUUAUAUUUCACACUGCUCUCUUGAUAGAAGUGAUGUUGGUGUAAAUGAGGAACAGCUUUAUUCUGGUUGAAUUUCUACAGUCCACACGCGGGGCAGCAGAUGCAACUGGCUGGCCCUUCCCCUGCCAGAUGUUCAUCUAUGUCUAACGACUUCCUCCUCAGAAACAUCAAUACAGCUGAAUGUGGAAGUGAGAAUACGGCUGAGCUUGAGAAACACGAAGUGAGAGCAAAUAACAAUUUUGCAGAUCUCUUCAGGAUGAGGACCAUAGUGAACUUCUACAUACACUACCUCCUUUCCCUGUGCCUCGGCUUGGCGUGCAUCGUGUGUGUGUGUUUAUGGAAUAGUCGGUGGCGUGGUGGAUUUGCAUGGGAUGGUUCGCCUCAGCAGUUCAACUGGCAUCCUGUACUGAUGGUAACAGGUCUAGUUGUAUUAUAUGGUAAUGGAGCUGUGUUGUAUCGGAUCCCACUUACCUGGGGUCACAAUAAACUUCCCUGGAAACUACUACACGCUGCAAUUAUGCUUUCUGCUCUGAUCCUGGCAAUCAUCGGGCUUUGUGCUGUAUUUGAUGUCCACAAUGCCGGAGGCAUUGCCAACCUCUAUUCUUUACACAGCUGGAUCGGAAUUGUAGCUGCUGCUCUUUUUGCCAUACAGUGGGUGGCUGGUAUGGCUGGUUUCUUUCUGCCUUGCUCCCCCAUUUCACUGCGUAAACUCUUGAAGCCAAUCCAUGUGUGGAUGGGAGUUUGCAUACUGGUUCUCAGCAUUGCUGCCUGCAUCUCAGGAAUCAACGAAAAACUCUUCUUUGUCCUCAGCAAAAAAGAUCAUCCAUAUUCCAAGUUUCCACCUGAGGGUAUUUUAGGGAACUCAUUAGGAGUUUUGAUUGUUGCCUUUGGAAUGGUUGUCCUAAAGAUCUUGUUUAACCCUGACUGGAUGAGGCCAGACUACAGACAAGAGGAUGUCAGUUACACGCCAAUCCUUCAGGAAGAAAACGAGUGAAAGACCAUCUAAUAAUCUUCACUGUAUCGAAUCUGUCCAUGUGCCAUCACAUAUAACUUUGAUCUAAAUAUGGGGAAAAAAAUAAUUUAUCAGCUUGAAAGAGAUCUAUUUUAAAUGUAAAACUGAGUUGGCAAUAAAAUGAUGUGGCUUACGUUCA